GCAAGCAAUAGUAAUCAGGCAGCUGGCGCUAUCAGCAGCUCACCGACCACUGCCGCCAUCGACUCACCAACCACUUCAGCAAUUCACAUCAAUGAUAAAGUUCGCGAUGUAGUGACAUGUUCUCAGGCAGCCAAGUCAUCCGAGCAAGUCACCGCACAGCUAGAAUCUGCAGUUGCUGCAGCAGCCGCAUCAGUGGAGGCAGCCGGCUCAUCUGGUGGUCUAUCGAAUUCAAGCUCAGUGGCUAGUCUUGAGACUUCAGCCGACGGCACAACAGAUGCUGCAAUGGCGCCGGCUCCAAAGAAGCCUAAUCGUUGCCAAGUGUGCAAGAAACGUGUUGGUCUUACCGGUUUCGUAUGUCGCUGCGGUGGCCUCUACUGUGGUGAACAUAGAUAUGACUCAGCGCACGGGUGCUCUUUUGACUACAAAACAAUGGAGAGGGAAGAGCUUCGCAAAAAUAAUCCUGUGAUUGUAUCCGAGAAGAUUCAACGAAUUUAA